AUGGCGGGCAGUGCUGGAGAAUGGUGUCUGAUGGAGAGUGACCCCGGUGUGUUCACCGAGCUUAUUAAAGGCUUUGGUUGUCAAGGAGUUCAAGUGGAAGAAAUCUGGAGUUUAGAGCAAGAACACUUUGAAGAUCUGCAACCAGUGCAAGGUUUGAUCUUCCUUUUUAAGUGGCAGCCAGGAGAAGAGCCAUCUGGAUCUGUAGUACAAGAUUCCCGCUUGGAUACAAUAUUUUUUGCAAAACAGGUAAUAAACAAUGCAUGUGCUACUCAAGCAAUUGUCAGCAUUUUGUUGAAUACAAAUCAUCCUGAUGUACACCUAGGAGAAACACUCAAUGAAUUUAAAGAGUUUACCCAAAGUUUUGAUGCUGCAAUGAAAGGAUUGGCAUUGAGCAACUCAGAAGUGAUCCGACAAGUGCAUAAUAGUUUUGCAAGGCAGCAGAUGUUUGAGUUUGAUGCAAAGUCUUCAGCAAAAGACGACGAUGCUUUUCAUUUCGUAAGUUAUGUUCCAGUCAGUGGGAGACUUUACGAGUUGGAUGGCUUACGAGAUGGACCUAUUGACCUAGGAACAUGCAACCAAGAUGACUGGAUCGGUGUUGUGCGGCCAGUUAUUGAAAAGCGAAUGCAAAAAUACUGUGAAGGUGAGAUACGUUUCAAUCUGAUGGCGAUUGUUUCAGACAGAAAGAAGAUAUAUGAAAAGAAAAUCUCUGAAUUACAAAAACAACUUACGGAGGUCAGUAAAAAAUUUUUACUUUUAUAUAGAAUAAAGAUAAAUAUUUUUUCCUAUCAGAUUCGAAACAUUUUCUUUGUAAAGAAAAAAAAUCAGGAUAUAAGAGAAUAUUACAUUGAAAAUAUCAGACGGAAACACAACUAUCUUCCAUUCAUUAUGGAGUUAUUAAAAACUUUGGCAGAACACCAACAAUUAAUACCGUUAGUAGAAAAGGUAAGAAGAAGCUGA